AUGCCGUCAUAUGAAAUUACUUUAAUUACUCGAUCAUUGGCGAAGCCAGAAUUAUUUACUACAAUACGUCGUGCUGCAAAAGUUUUACUUGAUAAUGGUGCUAUUAUUGAAAAAUUGGAAAGUCUUGGACAUCGUGAUCUACCAUUUAGGCGAGUGAGAAAGCAAACAACGGAACAUAUAUAUACAUCAAACUACUUCUUAAUUAAAGCAUUCAUGCCACGUGAAGUACGUGACACAACAAAUACAAUAUUACGCAACGAUCUCGACUUAGUCCACGUUUGUUACAUGCACGAAAAGCCGAAAGAGCCAAUUUAUUGUAAUCUAGCAGAACUUUUAAAACCUCCAGCAGAAAGAGAAUCGGUAAAAGCUCUGCGAGACAAUCAAAAGUUAGGGCAUUAUACACGACAAAUGAUUUACAAGCGAACAGAAAAAGAAUGGAAAGCUAUUCCGAAAUCUUAUCCAAUAGCAGAACCGGAAAUUAUUGGCAGACCUAAACCGCAAAAAUAUGAAUAG